AUGGAAGGCAUAGGGGACAUUGCCGAUCAUCAUCGGUCGCAUAGCGAGCAAUUGCUGGACUCUGUAGACUCGCCGACUGGACUAUCUACUCACGGGCGCGGAGGCUCGAAUGGCAAUUGCGGUGGGAUUGGUGAUGGUGAGAGUGGAAGCACCAGAAACAGGCAUCAUCAUCAUCAUCAUCAUCCUCAUAAUCAUCACAGUCAACAUCAUCAUAGUCAACACCACCAGCAACAGCAGCAGCAGCACAAUCACCACCACCACGAGGCGACUCGUGGCGGCGGCGGUGGUAACAAUACAAUUCGCGGUGGUGGGGGUGGCGAUACUGGCGGCGAGGGUAUGUCGUCCUCGGCAUCACAAAGUCCCGACAUCGGGUGCGCGAGCAUCCCGUUGGAAUUACUCGCGGCCGGCGCGCUCGGCGUCAAGGAGGAACGAGACCUCGCCGGCGCUGAGGAUUUGUCUUCGUCCCAGGAACCACCGGGUAGGGCGAGCGCGAGGGAGUCCCUGUCGGUGAUUGUGCCACCGCAGGACGUGGACUGUGAUUCACGUGACGCUGACUCGGAGUUAUUGAGUCCGGGUAAAUUAUCGCCAACCUCCGGUAUAAGUGUAUCUGUUGCAAGUAUGAUUGACGCGACGGAUUUUAGAUCAAUGCAACCAGAGCCGACAUAUCAAACACUAACGUCGGUUGCUGAGAGAAUGUCACCGCCAGGUUUUUCACCUGGUUCGUCCUACGCGACGUUGACGCCGCUUCAACCAUUGCCGCCUAUAUCGACAAUGAGUGAUAAAUUUGUGUACGGCGGACAUGCCGCCAGUGGUGUCUCGGGUAGUUUUGCUGUUAUGCAGAACAAUGGUCUUGGUAAUAUUGGUUUGGGCAUGGGAAGUUCGCCCUACACAUAUGACAAAUUGCCACCGAUGGGUAUGUCACCGCCGCACAAUUAUCCAUCACCAGGAGCUGGUCUGCAGCCAAGUCCGCUCUCACCCCAAAGUGCUUACAGUCAAAGUGGUCUUAAUUCGCCUCAUAAAUCAGCAAGUCCACAUUACGAGCCGGCAUUUUUGCCGAGAUUACAACAGAGUCCAGCGGCACUCAGUCCACCCUCGCCACCGGUAUCUGCGGCCACCAGUUUCGCACCCUCACAUCAUUCACCUCCGACGCUUACGGUACCGGCAGCUUCACCGCCUCCGUUGCAAACCCAAUUGCAGCAGCAACAGCAGCAGCAACAGCAACAACAGCAGCAGCAAACGAUACAACAAACGAUAUCACACACUCAGCAUGUGCAGCACACGUCAGUUGUUAUGAAAACCGUAUCGUCGGCGGGGAACGGUGCUAGUGAAGUUGAAGAAAUCAACACUAAGGAACUCGCUCAAAGGAUCAGUGCCGAGUUAAAGAGAUACAGCAUACCCCAGGCUAUUUUUGCACAAAGGGUACUGUGUCGUAGCCAGGGCACACUCAGCGACCUUCUCCGUAACCCAAAGCCCUGGUCUAAACUCAAAAGCGGACGGGAAACGUUCCGAAGAAUGUGGAAGUGGUUGCAGGAACCAGAGUUUCAGAGAAUGUCUGCAUUACGAAUCGCAGCCCUGAGCAACUGCUCUGAGAGCGGAGGUGACCCGGAUGGAAUGCUGGAUAUCCACCACCCAGGAUCAGGAAUCGAGACUCAUCAUCAACAGUUUCACAACUCAUAUGCUGCACAGAUUCCACAACGAGGAACAUGCAAGAGGAAAGACGAGAUGUCGAGUCAGGCCGAACAUCAGCAGCCCGCACCCAAGAAACCGCGGUUGGUUUUCACAGACCUUCAGCGCCGUACUCUACAGGCUAUUUUUAAGGAAACAAAAAGGCCAUCAAAAGAAAUGCAAGUGACAAUCGCGCGGCAGUUGGGUCUCGAACCCACGACCGUCGGUAAUUUCUUUAUGAACGCAAGACGCCGAUCCAUGGACAAAUGGAAAGACGAAGAUCCAAAAAAUCCAAGUGUUGACGAAGAUCAAUUAUCACCGAGCCUCGGUUUAACUUCACGUCAAGCGAAUGACGUUUUGUGACAUACGUCCGACCACGAGGAAUAUCAUGACGAGU